AUGCCUCCCGCGCCCUCCUCCAGCUCUAUAUAUCCCAAACCAGCCAAUACCAAGCAACAGAAAACAAAAUCCCCAAAUCCAUCUUCGUCCCCGGGAAAGAGAGAGAGAGAGAGAGCAGCGGAGAUGUCUGGGCGCGGCAAGGGCGGCAAGGGGCUCGGCAAGGGCGGAGCGAAGCGGCACAGGAAGGUGCUGCGCGACAACAUCCAGGGCAUCACGAAGCCGGCGAUCCGGCGGCUGGCGCGUCGGGGCGGCGUGAAGCGCAUCUCGGGGCUCAUCUACGAGGAGACCCGCGGCGUGCUCAAGAUCUUCCUCGAGAACGUCAUCCGCGACGCCGUCACCUACACGGAGCAUGCGCGCCGCAAGACCGUCACCGCCAUGGACGUGGUCUACGCGCUCAAGCGCCAGGGCCGCACCCUCUACGGCUUCGGCGGCUAGGCUUUCCGUUCCUCGUAGCGGCUUGUUUGCUGGUGGUGUGGUGGUGGUAGUUUGGUGUCGAAUGUUGUGUUCCUGAUGUAACCGUGCCCUGUUGCAGUGAAGUAAAUCCUGGUGUCUUAUUUGCAAGAA